GUAUGCAUGAAAAUUCUGUUAAUCGUUGUAAAAAGAAAUGGUGUAAUGGAAUAUGAUGAUAUGUAUAUUGCAUAAAUAUGAUAACAUAACAAGUACUACAUUAAGAACAACUACUUUAUUUUACACCAAGUUAAGGAAACUAUCAACCAUGAAUGUUGGAAACAAGUUGGGUCAAAGAUUACUAUUAUCAUAUUGUUCUUUCACGUGUAUUUACUUUCCUGGUAUUCUAAUAUUGCUCAAACUAAAUGAUAACUUGUAUAAUGUGGGAAAAUACAAGUUUAUUCCAGUACUAUUAAUUCUGCUUUUUGCAGAAGUGAUUAAAUUAUCGUUCCCUAUGUUUCAUUCUGAAACAGUAAUUAUAGGGAAAACUGAAAUACGGGCAUCUUCGAAAGCUAGAAAGUAUUGGUCAAAAUACUUGAAAGAAAUUUUUAAAUUUUUGUUAGCUGCUUUUCUCUUGUCUGUUGUAUAUUAUAUAGUUAUUAUAUUAUUUGGUGCUCCUUUAUUUAUGCAUCACGAAGAGACUACUAUGCUUACGCUGACACUGACUGCUCUUACAUUUGUUCCUGCAAGUCUGCAUUUAGGAGUAGAUGGUGUAUUAGAAAUCAUGACAGGAGCACAGUCACAGAAAGGCAAUGUCUUGGCAGAUGCUAUAAAAACUAACAUUCAAACAACACUUUUGGGUGCAUGGUUAGGAGCUAUUGUAAUUCCAUUAGAUUGGGACCGUCCAUGGCAAACUUGGCCAAUACCAUGUGUAAUAGGCGCUCUUCUUGGUUAUAUGAUAGCCCAUUUUAUUACUCUUGCAAAAAUAUUACCUAUGUUAAAAUUAGGUAAAAAGAUUCAUAGAUAA